AUGUUUGUCGGCUCACUUGGGCUUCUUAUUCUCACCUGCGUAUCUGUACCCAACACAAGUUUGUCACUCUUCACAAUGGAAGCUGCGAGAAGUGGGGCCUGUGGGUCAAGUGGACCAUCCAUUGUCGUCGACUUCGGACUUUGGGGUUGGUGCCAGACAACGGCAGCAGAGUGGACGAGAUACCCACAAGGAUGCCUCAGAGUCAGAGGCUCCCCUGGUUACGAUCCAGCCGCCAUCAUUCGACCGAUGAUCUCGCAGUUUCCCUCUUCGAUUAAAAGCAGAGGCAUGCGCGAUUUGACGUUGGGGUUCGCCUUGCCGGCCGUCGCCACUGCUACUGCUAGCCUAGGGUUUCUUUCCACCCUAGCAGGCCUCGUCAAGUACAAUCGAUUCACAACCUUGGCCAGCGCGAUCCGAGCGGCCUUAUCGUUCCUGUUCGCCGUAGCAGCACUAAGGUGCGUCUUUUCACUCUUUGAGAAGAUUAGAAGAGAGUUGCCAAGGAGCACGGUUUUGAGGCUCGCAACCAACUCACGAGAUAUGUACGACAUAUCCACAAAAUACGGAGCGUCUUCUUGGACCUUAGUCGCUGCUUGUGCGAUAUUGUUGAUUGGCACAACCGCCCUGAUAUUUGCGUGGCUCGCUGAGGUACGAGAGAACCGACGGAAAUGGAGUGACGAUGUCAGAGAGAAGUCUAGCAGCUCGCCCUCAGAGGGUAGGCCAUCCGGCGCCGGAAACUAA